AAAUAAAAAGGAAAUGCACUCGCACUGGCUUAGAACUCAGCCACAGAGGAGGCUGUUCCAACCAUUUUAAUUUCUUGGCCCGCAAGAUUAUUAAUCGUCUUCGAUCUGGACUCUGGAGAGAGAGAGAGAGAGAGACAGAGAUAGAGGAGAGAGAGGGAGAGUUGUGAGUGGGACUGGAAGGGGGCGGGCGGGAGGCAGAGAGAUUUGACGGGGAUUUUCUUUUUCUUCGAGUGGUGGUAAUGGUAUUUCGGUAUUUAAAGGAAUUUUUGUCCUUUCAAGCCCGAAAAAACGCUUCUUUGUCUCUCGACUACGGUUGUUUUCUUUUUCUGGGUUCUUCUUAGCGGUUCGCCAUUGUUUCUGGGUUGCAUUCAAGGAAUCUCCUUUCGUUCGUUUUCUUCUCGUAUUGCUACUGUUUUGGAGGUGGCCGUCAUCAUGUCGCAGACGAACUGGGAAGCUGAUAAAAUGUUGGAUGUCUACAUAUAUGACUACCUCGUGAAGAGAAAAUUGCAUGCUUCUGCCAAGGCAUUCCAAGCUGAAGGGAAAGUGUCUACUGAUCCUGUUGCUAUCGAUGCACCUGGUGGUUUUCUGUUUGAAUGGUGGUCUGUUUUCUGGGACAUCUUCAUUGCCAGGACAAAUGAAAAGCAUUCACCAACUGCUGCAUCUUACAUUGAGACACAAAUGGCCAAUGCUCGGGAAAGACAACAGCCCAAGACUCAGCAGCAGACUCAGUUGCAGCAACAACAGCAUAUGCAGAUGCAGCAGAUGCUAUUGCAAAGACAUGCACAGCAGCAGCAGCAGCAGCAGCAGCAACAACAACAGCAACAUCAACAGCAACAGCAACAACAACAACAACAGCAGCAGAGAAGAGAUGGCAGUCAGAAUCCAAAUGCAGCUGCAAAUUCGUCGCUUGCUGGUAAUGAUGUUCCAAGACAUGCAUCUCCAACUGCCAGUGCUAUGGCGACAAAAUUGUAUGAGGAUAAGCUGAAACAUCCACUUCAGAGAGAGUCCUUGGAGGAUGCAGCUAUGAAGCAAAGGUUGAGUGAUAACAUGGGCCAGCUUAUGGACCCAAGUAAUUCUGCAUUGCUGAAAGCAGCUGGUUUAGGAGGCCAGCCUCAAAGUCAAACUAUGCACGGUUCAGCCGGAAGUUCGGGAAAUCUGCAACAUUCUCAGCAACGAAAUCAGCAACUACCUAUGUCCUCUCAGGACUUAAAGACUGAGAUGAACCAAAUGAUGAAUCCUAGGUCUUCCGGUGCAGAAGGAUCCUCGGGCGGAGUUCAUGGGCUGAAUCAAGGAGGAAGCAAUUUGACAUUGAAAGGAUGGCCCUUAACUGGGCUGGAUCAAUUUGGGCUUCUUCAGCAUCAAAGGUUGAUGCAAAAUCCCCAGCACCUCAACAAAGUUCAGUUACAACAACAACUGAUCUUUCAAGCACAGCAAAAUUUGUCAUCCCCAUCUACUAAUGAUCUGGAACGAAGAAAAUUAAGAAUGCUUCUCGGUAACCAGAAUAUGGGUGUUCCUAAGGAAGGGCCAUUAAGUUCUGGUGACUUGCUUAGUAACAUUGGAUCACCAAUGCAAGUUGGUUCUCAUGGUAUGCCACGAGACACGGAUAUUCUACUCAAGCUUUCUGAAGCCUUGUUUUUUCCUCUAAUGCUGGGUUUGGUCUGUCAGUUACAGCAGCAACAGCUUCAAUGCAACAACCAGCAACUGUACUCGCAACUUCCACUUUCAAGUCAGCAGUCACAGAAUUCAAAUCCCUUGCUCCAGCAGCAGCAGGACAGAAUGAUUGGUUCAGGUAGCAUUGCAGCAGAUGGCAGCAUGUCAAACACCUUUCAUGGAACGGAUCAGUAUUUCUUGAAGGUUUCUAAAAGAAAGAGAAAGCAGCCCGUGUCUUCGUCCGGACCUGCCAAUAGUUCAGGGACUGCAAACACCACUGGCCCGUCCCCAAGUUCUCCCUCUACACCUGGAGAUGCUAUGUCACUGCCUACUGCACCACAAAAUGCAAAUUCCUCAAAGUCUAUGCUUAUGUUUGGCUCUGAUGGUCUGGGUUCCCUUGCAGCAGCUACAAAUGAUUUGCCAUUGAGCGGUGGUAUGUUAUUGCAGGCUGAUAUGGAUAGGAUUCUAGAUGACAGAACUCUGGAUGAUAAUGUCGAAUCUUUUUUCUCGCAUGAUGCUGAAGAUCCAAGGGACAGAGUCGGCCUGUCUAAUGAUGUCACUAAAGGAUUCACAUUUUCGGAGAUCCAGGUUCUGCCAGCGAGCACAAGUAAAGUAGAAUGCUGUCACUUUUCAUCAGAUGGAAAGCUGCUUGCCACUGGUGGACAUGACAAAAAAGUAACACUUUGGGGCACAGAAUCUUUCACAAUAAAUUCUGCACUUGAAGAACAUUCACAGUGGAUUACUGAUGUCCGUUUCAGCCCAAGCAUGUCAAGACUUGCUACAUCUUCUGCUGACAAAACUGUUAGGGUUUGGGAUGCUGAUAAUCCGGGCUAUUCACUUCGGACCUUCACAGGGCAUUCUGCAAGUGUCAUGUCAGUUGAUUUCCACCCUACUAAAGAGGACCUUAUAUGCUCUUGUGAUAGUAAUAAUGAGAUGCGCUACUGGAGUAUCAAGAAUGGCAGUUGUGCUGGAGUCUUCAAGGUAAAUGCUAUGAAGAUGAGAUUUCAACCUCGCCACGGGAGGCUCCUUGCAGCAAUGGCUGAAAAUUUUGUUUACAUACUGGAUGUCGAAACUCAAGUUUGCAGACUCAAAUUGCAGGGUCACAAAAGCCAAGUUAACUCUGUGUGUUGGGAUCCAUCCGGCGAGUGCCUUGCUUCUGUAAGUGAUGAUUUGGUCAGAGUCUGGAAAAUUGGCUCUGCCAGCAAAGGAGAUUGUAUUCACGAGCUAAACCGCUCAGGAAACAGGUUCAACACUUGCGCUUUUCACCCCACCUAUCCAUCUGUCAUGAUCAUCGGAUGUUACGAGACUCUCGAGUUGUGGAACAUGGCUGAGAACAAGACGAUGACUGUUCAAGCACACGAGAAAAAAGUUUCGGCCUUGGCGGUAUCUAGUGCCAACGGGUUGGUAGCUUCAGCCAGCCAUGACAUGGUUGUCAAGCUCUGGAAGUGAUCUUCUUGGUCAUGUUUACUCCUAACAGUAUAGCUAAUAGUUUAACGGAUUUCUUGCGGUAGAAGGAAGGCGAAAGACGGGAGCUUUCUGGGACUUGGUAUGUCCCCAUUUUGUGUCCAGGCUAACGUAGCCGUCAAGGUUUACGUUAUAGAAAGACUCCCUAGUUUUUGGCUAUUUAUAUGAGCUCUGAUCUUACUCCAGAUUGUCAGAGUAGGAUUACUAUUUAUGUACAUACGCUACUAUAUACAUCGGCAACAUCAAUGGUAGAUAUCAAUGAGAUUUCGGAAAGAAAUUCCGCAGGCAUUUCUGUUUCCGA